AUGGAGGAGCAGUGGGGUCGGCUGCGCCGCACACACCUAGGACUUUCCUUGCUCACGAUGCCCGAGCUGGAGGUUCAGCUUUGGCGGCACAGCUUGCUCGAAUUCCGUAGCGCCGCCAACAUGGGCGAGCGCAGCAUGCAGGCUCGAGUCUCGACGGUCCAAACCUGCCGCUUCAGCCAGCCCUGGGGCGGUUCGGUGUGCAACCAUGGCCUGAUGAGCUGUGCUGGAAGGCGAGCUGCAAGGCGAGCUGGAGAACUGCAAGGCGAGACUUUCGCCGAGAAUAACGAGUUCUUGCAGUAG